CUUGCUCGACCACAUCUUGCCGGGGUACUUUCACGGGGUACCGUCCAGCGCUUCUCGUUGACGUGGCCGUCUUUCGAGCGCUUCUGCACGACCAAGCGCCGUCCCUCUGCCAUCAUUUGGACACGCUGGGCUUUCCGCUGGACGCGCUCGUCCAGCGCUGGUUCAUCUCGGUGUUUACCGCCACGCAGCUACCGCUCUCAACGGUGCUUCGCAUUUGGGACCUGGUGUUUGCCCAAGGACUGCGCAUUCUGUUUGGGAUUGGCAUCGGCCUGCUGCUCAAGACGGAAGAGCAUCUCUUUAGCGCGGCGACCGUUCCGGAUGUGUGGUUGGCGCUGCAUGCGUCCGAGCGCAGCACGGUGGACGCCGACGGCCUCUUUGCCCACGUGUUCAAAGACGAUCUGCACAUGCCAUGGCUCACGGACGAGUUGCUGGAGCGACUGCGGCAGCACGAGCGCACGACGCUUUUGGCGUCGAUUGCGAGUCGGGUGCGAGGCGCGUGCCGCAGCGACGUGAUUGCCAGCUGCCACGCCAAGCUGAGUGUGUUGAGCCGCGCCCAAGAAACGUACCAGUCGCUUCUCCAAGCCGUCGAGAUCUAUGACGAGCUCGGCAACCAGGAGGUCAUGGGCACGCUUCGUCGCCAGCUCGGCGAUGCGGACGCAACCGCGAUGGAGCUUGUGGUUGCUUUCAAAGAGCACCAAGCGCGGUGGGUUGCCUUGUCGAGCCAGGUGGCCGCGUGUCCGCUGGGACUCCACGGGCAUGCGUCAGACGUCCAGAGCUGGCUCACGCAAGUCAAAGAAGGCAAGAUCUCGGGGGCAGGAACCGACGCCGCCGCGAACCAAGCGUUCGCGUGUCUCUUUCCAUCUGACGCGCCGCUGCCCGACCCGUUUGAGCUCUCGGUCGACACGAUGGCUGAGCGCUUCUUGUUCGGGCUCGUCAUGGUCGCCAAGAGCGCAUGCGCGGCGCGACUGCACUUUUUGGCCGCGCGCCAAGUGGCGUGGUGGCAUCGUGGGCAGUGGCUCUCAACCGCAAGCGUUGAGAAGAAGGCGUUCGUGUCCGACGUCGGCGGUGGCCUCGAGCCAAAGGACUAUGGCGUCGCCGAAGGGCAGUUCCUCGAACGCGCCGAGCGUCUCCAAAUGUGUCUGCAGCAUUUUGCGACCGCCGACGGCGGGCCACUCCAAGCGACGGCCGAUGUCAUGGCGGUCGAUCUCAAGGAGAGCUUUUUACGGGUCGAGAGUGCAAUCCGAGGCCCGUCCUGGCUUCCGUAG